GAUCGAUAACCGCCGAAGAAGGUUACGUUGUUUACCUCCCGUCUAGUUUCGAAAAGUGGAUCGUUUCGUCCCGAACCCCGUUUAAAUUUUACAUUUAAAAUUUAAAUAAAUUUUAAAAUAACCCCUGUGUGAAGUCUUCCGGGCGAGGAUGGAAGACCAAGUCUGCCCGAGAUGCAGGACGACAAAGUACAGAAACCCGAGCCUCAAGCUCAUGGUGAACGUGUGCGGACACUCGUUGUGCGAAAGCUGCGUGGACCUGUUGUUUCUGAAAGGAUCUGGAUCUUGUCCCGAGUGCCAGGUGCCGUUGAGAAGGAGCAAUUUCAGGGUGCAGCUCUUUGAAGACCCGAACGUCGAGAAGGAAGUUGACAUAAGGAAGAAGGUUCUGAGAGACUACAACAAGAAAGAGGAGGAUUUCGCAACCCUCGAAGAGUACAACGACUACCUUGAGGAAGUCGAGGACAUCAUAUACAAUCUGACCAAUGGUAUAAACACAGCAGAGGUGCAGAAGAAAAUAGACCAAUACAAAAGGGAGAACAGAGAUAUCAUAUUGAAGAACAAAAUGAAAAUCGGGAGAGGGGAGCUUGAACUGGAAGAGCUGCUGGAAGUCGAAAAGCAGAUGAGCCAGUCGAGAAAGUUCGACGUUUUAAAAGAAGAGAUGGAGACUAAAAGAAAAAAGCUCAGAGCUAAAGAAGCUCUGAUAGAUGAGCUUAUGUUCUCGCACGAAGAUGCUAAAGACAUAAUCAAGACGUUUCAAAAUGGUCUGGAAGAAGAGUUCAAAGAGAACCCGGCUAUUCCGGAGAAGGCGAGCCACUUUUCAACAGGUAUCAAAUUCACAAAGGGCCAAGGCUUCCUGCCCGUCAAGUACGAGGAGGGGCCGCUUUUCAUCUAUGAAGAGCCUGAGUUCAUUUCGGAUGGGCCGAUGCCGCCCAGGUGGCAAGAUCUGAAUGGUCGUUACCUCAAGCACGUUAGAGAAGCGAACAUAGAUGAACUCGCAGGCGGGUACACGUCUAACAUAAGCUGCAUGCGCGCCCUACAAGAAGCUGUCGUCGGACUUUAUUUCAAGAACACGUGACAGUGGGGGACGAUUCCCUGGGGGCAGAACAUUUGGGGCGACAGCCUUUACUAGUCCCGUGAACCGUUCUGGGCGAAAAAAAAAAUCACCCUAAAUACUUACUAAAAAGGACUGUCAAACCUCUAUAGUAAAUUAUAAGUAAAAAUGUAAAUAAAUUGUAUUAAACUCUGUGAUAAAGACUUAUUUAAGAUAA